CUACGAUCAAUGCUAAAAGACACCUGCGUUCGCGCAGUCGAUCAGUCUGCGUUCGACCGACGUUUCGUACGUACGUGUCAUUGGCUCAUUAAUUGAGCUUUCGUGUAUCGGACCUAUACGUUGUGAAUCGAGUGUUAUUGAACGUACUUUAAUUAACAAAAAAAAAAAUUAACACACUAAAUCUAACAAAAAAAUGAGUGUUGUGUUCUAAAACAAAACAAACAUGGCGAUCAAAAGUGAUAGAAUCAAAGUGACAUUGCUAAUUUUAUUCAAUAUUAUUAUAACAAACAAGUGUGACGGUGAUUUUAGUGAUAAAAUCGAUGAACCAUUCGAACAAUUACAAAACAAUAGUAGCGAAGAACAAAACAAUUUAAACACAUAUAUAGAUAAGUUAGUUACAGAAGAAUUAACGAAUACAACCAAAGAAUUAGAAGAUGAACUCAACUUGUCAAGAGAUAAUUUAGACAAAAUAAGUACAACAGAAAGCGUGAUGAAAAACGUCUUCGAAGAUACAUUCAACGCUAGUGAUGAAAAUGAAUAUGACGAUAAGAACGGUGAUGAGAAUGUAGACAAUAUAACAACUUAUCAGGACGUCACAGAAACAACAAAUAGUUACAACAACGCUGAUAAUGUUGUCAGUAAUGAUGCUUCAGAGGAUAUUUACCGUAACGAAGGAAGUUCUCGGAUUGAUUUAACGACCCAGCCCACCACGAGAUCGAUGGAGAGCUCAGAGGAAACAUCCUCGAAACCCACAGACGAAGACGAGAACAGCGGACAAAGGAACCCCAAAACUGAAACCGAGAACACGGGAACACAAGACACGAGGAUCUACGACAAAGCCCGCCCAUUACCAGCUCUCAGCAAGAGCUCGACCCUAAAGUCCUGGCUAGAAGACUCGUGGCUGCGACCCCCAGCUGGGAUCCUGGUGCCCUUGAGACCCCUCGCCUUAAACAGGGCCCUGGGGGUCUGGAACGAUUUAGCGGAUGAAGGGUUGAACGUGACUGACAUCGUCAUCGUUGGAUAUGACUCUAACGGAGUGAGCUGGAGAUCCCGUCACAACCUUCAACCAACUAGCAGCGGGAGCGACAAAACAGUUUCGGAGGCUCUAUCAAAACUUCUGUCAAAGUAUCAAGGAGUCUACACAGAUUCAAACAACGACGGUACAAUGAGAGCUAUUGCAUCAGCCGCUAAACUGGUGCCCUACGACAGCGCCCUGUUCGUAGUUACGGACAAGGGCCCCGGUGACCCUCAACGUCUACCCCUAGCUCUGAGGGCCUUGGUGGAGAAGAGAUUGAAGGUGUACACAAUAUGGACAGACCCGAACCACCCAUCGCCCGAAUCGGAGUUGGCUCUUCAGGACUUGAGGAACAUUUCGUCACAUACAGAGGGAGAAGUCCUACCGUACUCCUUGCAAAUAGCUGAAGAUAGUUCCAGCAACCUGGCUGCAGAAGCCAAACUUCAGCAGUGGGAACCCAUUGUCCACAUGGAACCGAGACGAGCCAAGUUGACUAAACCUGAUGACGAUAUGUUCGAUAUGCUGCUAGUCAAGCGUGGGGGCGACGAAGCAACAACCCUGGGUGUGCCAGUGGAAAAUGGAGUGACAGCAUUGAGGAUACUGAUCGAGGGGACCGUGGACCAUGCUGUACUGUAUCCACCCAGCGAUGCACCACAAAUCGACAUAUACAACCAGACAUCGAUAAGCAUGUUUUCGCCAGCUUCUAAGACCGGUAGCCUGGACCCGAGGGAUGUUUUCCUUGUAUUCCCUGGAUCUACCCUCAAUUUUGACACCCUGUCAGUUCUGCCCGCGACGUCGCUGAGUGAGGAUGUCUCCGCUUUGAUUGGAAUGUGGCAUUUGAGCGUUCGCUGUGAAACUUGCGACUACAAACUGAGUGUCAGCGCGAGAACCGAUCUCCACUUCUAUGCGGAGAUUGUACCACGAGAUGUCUUGAAGCUACGUGUUAUGGGACCAGUAGCCAGUAUCAGGGAAUCCUCUCUCGUUGAUGAAUAUGGUACAGAUCUUGCGAAAAUACCAUUUAGCUACCAGCCGAGUGACUCCGACCACAAUAAAGACAACACCAUGGCUGACAUAUACACUGACAUAUCAAUGCCAAGCGUGACGAGCUCCAAAGUAUAUGUCAAGAUAUUGGGACGAGACAUUCAUGGUGAACCCUUCGUCCGUUUAGCUGGACCAUUAAAUCAGCAACAGGCGGAGGUCAGAAUGGGAAGAUCGGCAUCAAUAAGAUUUCCUGAAUCGAUCAACGAUUUUGAGGAGAUCGAAAUAAUUAACUCCAGGAUGUACAAUGGAAAGAUACAGUAUAAUGACAGCAAUCUUCUGCCAUUUGAACGAGCUAGCUCGCUGGUGGUCAACCAAAGAGGUUCAAUUUUAACAUCAGUUCAGGUCGGCCUAAGCACGAGAUUAUACGGAGCUCCCGGCGACCGACUACAGUUGUAUUACGAAGUGACUAACUUCAGAGAGCAGGCAGUCAGGUUAACUUUCAGAGCAGUUGGACAGCUGAAUUUUUUGACAGGAAUCAAUCCUGAAGCGGCGACAAUACCUUCUGGACAAACAGUUACCGUGAUAGUCAGCCUGCUGAUCAGUCAGAACUCUCAAGCUGGAGCGAGGGACUUCAUCAACUUUACAGCAUUUCGUCAAGAUGAAGUAUCACUCUCUUCCUAUGUCUACGUCCUAAACACUGGGGAGACCCUGCAAGAUGUAAACUCGCCAGAAGUCAGACAUAACUUCCAAGGAUCCUGCAUGGGGAGACAAGGCACUGAUUGCGCUGAACAUUUAUGGUCAGCAUCUAUCUUCGCUAGGGAUCCUGUUGCAGGUAUCCUCCGUCUGACAUCAUCACCGCCUGGUCUGGUCUACAGCGGAAACUUCAUAUCUGGAGCGAGAACCGAACUAAUGGCCACCUACAGCGCUAAUUGCUGUAACCCACGAGUUAUCGUCACGGCUGUUGACGCUUUUAGGAACGUCAAUAGCUAUACCAUUGAUAUAUCAAAUUACAUAACCGGUGCAGCUGUUGCGGCGAUCACGCUUGGCGUCAUCCUUGGCAUUAUUUUAUUAGUCGUCAUUAUUUUCUCCAUUUAUUAUUGCGCCAAACGCAGAAAGGAAUCGAGAGAAUUGCCUACAUACAACACAUCUAGAAACAUCAGCUAAAGACAGAUAACAAAAAAAUUUUUUUACUAAAAAUUUUCAUACAAACAACUGACUGCCAAACUUGACAAUCAGCCAUCUUGGCAAAACCAAACAAACCGCGCCGUUAGUGUGGGAUAAUUUCUUCAUAAUAACAUAAAAAAUCAGUAAGUGCAACAAUAUCUUUUUGCUAUUGCAUUUUACAUUGAAGUCAGGCUGACUGACAGUUAAGAAAAAUCUAAGACCACAAAUAAAAUAUAUAUAAUAUAUUUUAUUUCUGUGUAUAUUUAUCUAUAGAAAUAUUUAGCUUUAUCAGUCGGCCGUUGCCUAUAACACAAGCACUAAGCUGCUUGCAGUAAGAACUGACUGAGGACUGUGUGUAUGUAAAAAAAAGAUAUAUAGUUUUUAAUAAACUCAAUGCAUUAUAAGUCUGUGGUAGUCAGUUAAAGCUAUUUCGUGACUACGUUUUUUAUUAUUAUUUAUAUAGGUAUAAGUUAACACAAAGUUACGUCCAAAAAUGUUUUUGAUUUUGGUUUUUUAUUACCUUACUAUAUUUUUUCUAUAUUUAAUAAAAAAAAAUUUUCUAUGUAUGUUCUAAAUAAAACCAUCAAUAUUAUAAAUAAUAUUUAAUUAAUUAUUGUUCAAAAUAAGAUUUGUUUACACAAUUUAGGUUUAUAAGUUACCUUAAUUUUUUAAUUAUUAAUAAUAAGUAUUACUAUUAAAAAAAAUAAUUAAUAAUUAUUUUGUAAGAUAUUU